ACAGCUAAAACAGUUUAAGGCAAAAAGUGUCGUAAAAGAAACUUGCACAAUGGAUCUGAGUUUUAAGGGAAUUUUUACAAUCGGAUUAUUUUUGGCGCUGCUGAGCAGCGGCCAAACGCAUUUGAAUAUAUUUUUAAAUUUGCACGAGGUGCUAAGACUAAUCGGCGUUUCGGCUGAGCUGUACUAUGUGCGCGAGGGCGCAAUCAAUGACUAUGCAUUGAACUUUGCUGUGCCGGUGCCGGCGAAUAUUAGCGAUGUCACCUUCACCUGGCAGUCGCUGGUGGAUCAUCCGCUGCCCUACAGCAUUAAUGUGGCUACUUCGGAUGUAGGCGUGCUGCCACGCCCGCUGCUGAACAUUUCACGCAUUGGCGAUGUGCCCAUGGAGCCGCAAACUUGGGGCAUUAGUCUCAAGUGCUCGGGCACGCGAGCAGCCGAAGUGACGGUGACCAUUAGCGUUGAGGUUAUACUGGAUCGCGCGACUAACAAUAAUACGAAUUUGAUAUUCAAGCGCAAGAAGAUUUGCCUAAAAGAUGAGCCCAACGACGCGCGCGAGGAGUACGACGAUGAGGAGCAGCUGCAUCCGGAUUUGAGUGGACAUGACUAUCCCGAGCGCAAUGAAGAGCGCGCUAGACAUGAAACGCGCAGGCCGCCGCAUGUGGAGCAGCCCAAGCCUAAGGAGCGUGAGCGGCAACGUGUUGCACCCACUGUGCCCACAGUUACAGUUAGCGGCGUUCCUGGCGGCGCUGGCAACUCGGACUACGAUCCGCUGCUGCGCGAAACGCUUGUGCCGCCCACCAGCGGACUCAUCACUCUCAUUGUGGGUGGCAUUUUGGCUCUGGUGCUUGUGUCCACGCUCAUACUCAUUGCCUACUGUGCCAAGGGCCCGUCCAAGCGUCAUCCCUCGAAUGGCGUGCAUCUGAUCAAGACCUCCAGCUUUCAACGGCUGCCUACGAUCUCUUCGACUGCUCACAAUUCGAUCUAUGUCUGCCCUUCAACCAUUACUCCCACAUAUGCCACGCUGACGCGGCCCUUUCGCGAAUAUGAGCAUGAGCCUGAGGAGUUCAACCGCCGUCUCCAGGAGCUGACAGUCCAGAAGUGCCGCAUCCGCCUCUCCUGUCUCGUUCAGGAGGGAAACUUUGGGCGCAUCUAUCGCGGCACUUAUAACGACUGCCAGGAGAUUCUGGUUAAGACUGUGGCGCAGCAUGCAAGCCAGCUACAAGUGAAUCUGCUGCUCCAGGAGUCCAUGAUGCUGUACGAGUCCGCACAUCCCAAUGUUCUGGCUGUGCUGGGCAUUUCCAUUGAGGACUACGCCACUCCCUUUGUUCUCUAUGCGGCCAACAGCAGCGUUCGCAAUCUCAAGACCUUUUUGCAGGAUCCUUCCUAUGCCCGCAGUGUGACCACCAUUCAGACAGUGCUCAUGGCUUCCCAGCUGGCCAUGGCCAUGGAGCAUUUGCACAACAAUGGAGUUAUACACAAGGAUGUGGCCGCCAGGAACUGUGUCAUUGACGAUCAACUGCGCGUUAAGCUUACAGACAGCGCCCUGAGCCGUGAUCUCUUCCCUGGCGAUUACAAUUGCCUGGGCGAUGGUGAAUAUCGUCCCAUCAAGUGGCUAUCACUGGAGGCCUUGCAAAAGUCGCAUUACAACGAAGGCAGCGAUGUUUGGUCCUUUGGCGUGCUGAUGUGGGAAAUGUGCACCUUGGGCAAGUUGCCCUAUGCUGAGAUCGAUCCGUACGAAAUGGAGCAUUAUCUUAAGGAUGGCUACAGACUGGCUCAGCCCUUCAACUGUCCCGAUGAGCUCUUCACCAUUAUGGCCUAUUGCUGGGCUUCGCUGGCUGCGGAGCGACCCUCGUUCAGCCAGCUGCAGAUUUGCCUAUCCGAGUUUCAUACACAGAUAACCAGAUAUGUUUAACCAGCGGUAAUGAAACACACACAGACUUGUAAAUAUAAUAAGAGGCGCAGACGCAAGAUUAGCCAGCAGACAAUGUCCGCCACUCUGUUUCCAAAGACAUAUUUAAAUUAUACAAACUAAAAUAUUGGGCAGUCUCUAGUUAGGCCUAGCACUUAGUACAUAGCACUUAGUUUAAAUCAGAGACAACAAGAUGUGUUCAAUGCAAGAGCCGCCGCGUAGGAAACCCAAACUCCCAAAUUUAAUCUAAGCACUUCAAUGUUAUAGACACAGCAGCAAAACAAAUAACAGUUCUAUGAGAAUUUGCAUACUUAUUAAACAAAAUAUUCAAAUACGCAAACUAGGCUAGAACCUGGCGCCAUACUAAUGUAUGUACUAAUAUUUCCGUAAGGCAGUGGCAGCAUACUUAGCGAGGCAACUGUUUUUAAAAAAUGCCAACGCUUGAGCGUUGAGUUCAUGCAACCCCUAUAAGUACUAUAUAUAUAUAUGCUAUAUAACAAUAUGUGUACAUGUCUAAGUAGCGUGUAGUCAACUCAACAUAUGUAUAUGUAUUUAACUAAUGUUUAGUGAGAACAAUGAGUAAAGUGAACCCCGCUUAAGAACACCAGUAUUUGUUUGAAAACUUUUAAAUGCCGUCUCGAUAAAAGUUUUAUUGUAAUAUACUUAAGCAUUUUUUGCAUUAGUUCUAAGUUUAACAUUAUGAUUUCAAAACAAAAUGAAAAAUAACUGCAAAACGAUUUCAAUAAACG